CGCAGUCUUCACUUUCUUCCACCAAACGCUCAUCACCAACAGCACGCAGCUAUGGCUACUUCUACAGUCGAGCGGCUAGACAGGCCUAGUACCUACUACUCCGGAAGGGUUCGCGUUUGUCCAAUCUACACAAUUUCACCAAACUUACGAUGUGUGUAGAACAAGCGCAAGUAUGGUCGAGAUCGGCCAGACGAGCGUGACACCGCAGAGAAACAGGCGAACGAAGAUGAAAUGCUCAAGGAUGCGACCACUCUCUAUGUCGGGAAUCUGUCAUUUUACACGACCGAAGAACAGAUCCACGAGCUCUUCUCCAAAUGUGGUGAAAUCAAACGCUUGAUCAUGGGACUUGACCGCUACCAAAAGACACCCUGCGGAUUCUGCUUCGUCGAAUACUAUACACACCAAGAUGCACUGGACUGCAUGAAAUACAUCGGCGGGACAAAGCUUGACGAACGAGUCAUCAGAACUGACCUUGAUGCCGGAUUCCAGGAAGGAAGACAAUAUGGUCGCGGCAAGUCAGGCGGACAGGUUCGUGACGAGUACCGAGACGAGUUUGAUCCUGGACGUGGAGGUUACGGUCGAGCAAUCGAUGCAGAGAGAAGAAAGGAAGAGGAAGAAUAUGGCAGUGGAAGAUGAUCUGACAGGUCUGACUCUAUUUGCUGUAUAUAUCCCUUCUUGAAUUCUGGCAUUCGGAUCCUUCAGACGAGGGCGACCUCGAGAAAUGCCUAUGACGAAGAUGCGGCUCUUUUAUCAAUGGCGCCUAAUACUUGCUUCAACCACCAAACAUGUAUCCGGAUAUCGGAGGUCAGCUCAGGGUGAAAGCUCGUCCCGAACACGUUGCCUUGCCUGACUGCAAUGAUAUCGCCGACCUCUUCUCCAGCAUCUACUGCAGCUCCCAUUGCCGCAGCCUUCUUCAGCCGGCCCGGUAAUAUACCCAUAAUGUCGACGUGAGAGCUCAUUGCUCCUCGUGCCUGGUUGUCUUUGGCAGACUUUGCUGGUGCGACAACAGUCUGGGCGACUUGCUGCUCUCCUAGCUGGAUGCCUUCAACAUGGGGCAGGAACUUCUCCACAACAGGUGCUCGGAUAAAGACACCUGGGAAGGGAUCGUCGGAUACGGAUUCAUCGGACUUCAAGAACGGCAGAUCUAUGUCUGCCUGAAAACUUUCGACCUGUCUACCGAAGUGAUUGCGGUUUACUCGAACAUCCAGGCCACCGAUCAGUUCCUGACCUCCUUUCUUGGUGGCAUUUGCUGCUUCAGACAAGAGAAUCAGUCCAGCACAUGUUCCCCACGUCGGUUUGCGGUCGACCCUGGAAGGAGAAUGUCAAUGGUGGGAGACCAGUUAGGGUACAUAAUGACAUACUUAACAAAUUCCCGUAGAGGCUCGAGCAGGCCAGAUUGUGCAGCGACCAAGGAGAUGGUGGUACUUUCUCCACCAGGUAUUAUCAGAGC